AUGGCCUCGACGCAGGGACCCGUUAAUGUACCAAGACCAAAGGAGAGCGUGACCUUUGGUCUGAUCGUGCUAUCCGUCUUUAUGCCAUGGCUUGCUCUCUACCUCGACGGCGCCUCGUGGCCAACAAUUGGAAUCAACCUCGCGAUAUGGUUCUUCCUGUUUCCAAUCGGCACAUUAGGUGCCAUCAUACAUGCGAUUGUCUGCCUCUGUCGCACAGAUAAGCACCGCAAGUACUCGAAUCCCGCGCGCCGCCGUCUCCGAUACCACAACAGCUACAGUGCACAACCAAAGGUCUAUACGGAGAACAAGGCCCCGAGUUCAGGGCUAUUGCCAGCUCCUGUCACACGGGCAGUCGCCGAACCAUCUCCUGCUCCGGUCACGAGAGCAGUCACCGCAGGACCUGUCCCAGUGGAGAGAGUACCCACAGAGCCUCCAGCUUCUCUGCAGAGGGCAGCUACAGGGCCUCCUCUCAUAAAGUCGCCGGUGAUUUCGUCGUCAACCUCGCUAUCAUCGUCCGACGUCGAGAAGGAAAACUCGCUGGCUGCUGCACUCCCACCAAAGAGAGAGGAUAACCCUUUCAAGGACCCUGAUGUUUAA